AUUGCAUACCAUAAAAUGGCCUUCGACUUACUGCUAACAGCAAUACAUAAUGGUGACCGAGAACAAGUGGAAUACAUUUACCUCCAGGAAAAGGCCGAUAACGACCCUGACUUUUCAUUCAAUUAUACGGACAAUGUCCGAACACCUCUUUGUGCAGCUGCUGCAUCAGACAACAUAGACAUUGUAAGGCUACUACUCUCCUAUGGGGCUAAUCCUAAUUUACGUAUUGAGAUGGACGGUACCAUGCCUCUGCAUUGCGCAUGCGAUAAAGAGCAAAGAUGUAACGCCAAUACGAGUAUUGUAAAGGAAUUGAUAGAUGCUGAGGCUUAUAUAGACCAAGAACAUGCUGGAGGUCAGGCUCCGAUUCAUUUAGCAUGCUCCAGGGAGAAUAUUGAGAUUGUAGAAUGUUUGUUAGAGGAGGGUGCUGAUUGUGACUCACUCAAUAGGGAUACUGGUGAAACUACACUUGUGAUUGCCUGCUCUCUUGGAAAUCUUGAACUCAUUAAUAUAUUGGCUAAAUAUGGAUGUCGUAUCGACUAUCCUAAUAACAUGCCACUCAUCACGUGCAUUAGCAGGGGGAAAAUUCCGGCCGUGAAACUACUCUUGGAAAAAGGAGAGGAUAUUCAUAAGCGAGCGGGUGAUUAUUUAAGUUAUGCUUGUGACUUUAACCACAAAGACAUGAUGGACUACUUGAGAACUUUAGGAAUAGAUGUAAACAGCCGUAGAACAUCAACCGUUUUUGAACUAGCACCUUUGCAUGUCGCAUGCAUGUCAAGGUCAAUUGAACUGAGAGUUGUUGAGAAGCUGCUGUCUUGGGAUGCAGAUGUAUCAAUACCUAGUGCAACAGGAGAAACUGCUCUGCAUUAUGCAGCACAAAAUUUAGAUAUAAAUAAAGUUCAGAUUUUGAUACUCCAUGGAGCUAACGUUAAUGCUGUAGAUGAUAUAGGACUGACACCUCUUACUGCAGCUCUCACCUCCAUCUUAGAUCCCACUCUAAUCUUUAACAUUACUAAGUUGUUUUACGCAGCAGGGACUAAAAUAUCCAAGGAAACUGUGGAUACAAUUGAAAAACACCACGCUGACAAGCUGGAUUGUCUGAAAGACUCCAUAGAAAUCUUAAAUAUGUACACAACUAAUCCUCACACUCUAAAGGAUACAUGUAGGAUAAAGAUCAGAAGUAUUCUGGGGGAAACAUGUAACAAAAAUGUAUCUAACUUACUUUUGCCAAAUCAAAUAACAAAUUAUUUAAAUUUUGGAUAUAUAUUUAUACCUGAUAUUUCUUAAACUUUGUUCAAGACG